CAGCCUUCAAUUAUUCAGCAGAUGUAUAAAUAUGAAGAAGCAGGAUGCUGAUCUCAGAAUAGACGAGGAGCACAAAGACACAUGGAGAUGGAUGAGGUUUGAUUUAAUAGAUGACCGGUGUUGUAGAAAUGACAGGCUGACGCUUGGUUGACUUAACUCCAAAGAGCUUUGGCUUAAGAGAAGUAGUCAGUGUUAAUACCACAGCGCCAUAUCUGCACCUCCAUCCGUGUCUAGUCCUGCUGCUGCUGCUGCCUGUGAUAUAAUUAUUCACUGUGGGAUAUGUCCAGCCUGCUUAUCAUCCUCGUAAGAUUCAUUAAAGAUAUUUUGUGUGUGGGCCUGACUGAGUGUUUCAUCUUGGAGGAGGAGGAAAAAAUGCGUGAGAGGGAGGAGGAGGCGGAGAAGGGGACUGUUACGCACGGUGCGUCUCCAUCAUGACGUCGUGAAUUAGCUCAGGAUCGUAGAGAGGGAGAGAGGAGGAGAAAAAAAAGGAGGGGUGUGUGUGGUGGUGGUGGUGAAUCGGUGUUUCGUCGUUUAUGGAUAUGCGUUUGUAUAUAGUGCAUGUAUAUUUUUUGUAUGUCAUUUCUUACCUUUGCCAUGCGUAACCGCAAUACACGGAGGAAAGCCGAGUAGGAGACGGUUUGUUUCUCUGAUAUUCUGUUUACGAACGGGAGCAGCUUGCACAUUUAUAGCCAUAUUAAUACAGCCAUAAUAAUAAUAAUAAUAAAAGAGGAAAUCGUUGCAGAGAUGCAUAUUUUUACCAAAUAAUCCGACACUGGAGGGUUUUUUCUUCUCAUCCUGGAGGACGCACUGUUAAUCUUGACUGAACGCAUCGAAACUAAUAGCCAUCACGGAAUCCCUUGUCAACAGCCGACAAGUAACUACCGGCAGCAUACGAUCCAGAGAUGGCACGGCUAUUGUUUCUGAUUAUUCUCUACGCUCUUCCAUCUCUUGUUGUGCCCAUACAUAAUUCAUCAGCUGGAGGCUGUGCCAUCAUCCGGCCUCCAAGGGAUGGGGGGAUCCGCUACAGAGGCCUGACACAAGAACAGAUCCGCAGUGUGCAGAUCCUGCCUGUGGAUUAUGAGAUAGAGUACAUCUGCAGAGGAAACCGGGUGAUUGUGGGACCCAAGGUCAGGAAGUGUUUACCUGACGGCACCUGGACGGACAUAGAGCACCACAGCAGAUGCUUGCUGCUGUGCCCGCGGGUGUGGACCUCCUUGGAGAACGGCCGGGUCAUGGUGAAGCCACCCGGGCCGCCAGUGGAAGGGACGGUGCUCCAUUACAGCUGCCACGCCGGAUUCAUCCUGGAGGGCAGAAACAUCAGCCAUUGCACUAAACUGGGCAAGUGGGACGCGCCCAAACCAACCUGCCUCUAUGACAGAAACUACACAGGCAAGAAGAAGCUGUACAUCGGAGCUCUGUUCCCCAUGAGCGGAGGCUGGCCGGGCGGACAGGCGUGCAUGCCCUCCGCUCAGAUGGCACUGGACCUGGUGAACAACAGGAGCGACAUCCUGCCCGACUACGAGCUGGAGCUCAUACACUACGACAGCAUGUGUGACCCAGGAGAGGCCACCAAGUUGCUGUAUGACCUUCUAUACACCGAGCCCAUCAAGAUCGUCCUGAUGCCCGGCUGCAGCGGCGUCUCCACGUUGGUGGCCGAAGCCGCUCGCAUGUGGAACCUCAUUGUGCUCUCGUACGGCUCCAGCUCUCCGGCUUUGUCCAACCGCCAGCGCUUCCCCACCUUCUUCCGCACGCACCCGUCGGCCACCCUACACAACCCCACCAGGGUGCAGCUCUUCCAGAAGUGGAAGUGGACCCGCAUCGCCACCAUCCAGCAGACGACCGAAGUCUUCACCUCAACUCUGGACGAUCUGGAGCAGAGGACGAAGGAGGCAGGCAUCGAGAUCAGUGUUCGCCAGAGUUUCCUCACCGACCCGGCUGUCGCUGUCAAGAACCUCAAGCGCCAGGAUGCGAGGAUCAUCGUGGGGCUGUUUUAUGAGACUGAAGCCAGAAAAGUGUUUUGUGAGGUGUUCAAGGAGAAGCUCUACGGGAAGAAGUAUGUGUGGUUCCUCAUCGGCUGGUACGCCGACAACUGGUUCAAGAUCAAAGACCCGGCUAUCAACUGCACAGUGGAGAACAUGACAGAGGCCGUGGAGGGACAUGUGACCACCGAGAUCGUCAUGCUGAAUCCUGAGACCGUCCGCGGCGUCUCCAACAUGACAUCGCAGGAGUUUAUUGCCGCCUUGAUGUCUCGUCUGGGUGGGAUGAACCCCGAGGAGACUGGAGGGUUUCAGGAGGCUCCCCUAGCCUACGACGCGGUGUGGGCUCUGGCUCUUGCCCUCAAUAAGACCGUGGCACCGCUGAAAGCCAAAGGCCGACGACUGGAGGAUUUCAACUAUAACAACCAUGACAUCACCUCUGAGAUCUACAGGGCCCUCAACACGAGCUCCUUUGAAGGCGUUUCGGGCCAAGUGGUGUUUGACGCCCAGGGUUCCAGGAUGGCAAUGACUCUUAUCGAGCAACUGCAAGGAGGCAGCUACAAGAAGAUCGGUUACUAUGACAGCUCUCAGAAGAACCUCUCCUGGUUCGGCAACGAUGUUUGGAUAGGCGCUGGACCUCCGGCCGAUCGGACGGUGGUGAUCGAAGAGUUCAGGUUCUUGUCCCAAAAGCUGUUCGCAGCUGUGUCGGUCUUCGCCGGCUUCGGCAUCCUGCUCGGCAUCGUGUGUCUGACCUUCAACAUCUAUAAUGGCAACGUCCGCUACAUCCAGAACUCUCAGCCGUACCUGAACAACAUGACGGCGGUGGGCUGCAUGAUGGCUCUGGCUGCAGUGUUCCCGCUGGGGAUUGAUGGCCACCACGUCCACAGAUCACAGUUCCCCGUCGUCUGCCAGUUUCGCCUCUGGCUCCUCGGCCUCGGCUUCAGCCUGGCGUACGGCAGCAUGUUCACCAAGAUCUGGUGGGUCCAUACCCUCUUCACGAAGAAGGACGAAAAGAAGGAGAAGAAGAAGCAACACUUGGAGCCGUGGAAACUCUACGCAACAGUUGGAGUGCUGCUGGCUAUCGACUUCCUGUCACUCAUGAUCUGGCAGAUUGUGGAUCCUCUGCACAUUACGGUUGAGAAGUUCACUAAGGAGGCCCCUAAAGAAGAUUUGGAUGUCCUGAUUCAGCCCUUGUUGGAGCACUGCAGCUCAGAGAAGAUGAACACGUGGCUCGGUGUGGUUUAUGGCUACAAGGGUCUCCUCCUGCUGCUGGGCAUAUUUCUGGCUUACGAGACCAAGUCUGUCUCCACAGAAAAGAUCAAUGACCACCGGGCCGUGGGGAUGGCUAUUUACAACGUCGCUGUGUUGUGCCUGAUCACUGCUCCAGUCACUAUGAUCCUGUCUUCGCAGCAGGACGCCUCCUUUGCCUUUGCCUCUCUCGCUAUCGUCUUCUCUGCCUACAUCACCCUGGUGGUGCUUUUUGUACCCAAGAUGCGACGCCUCAUCACCCGUGGCGAGUGGCAGUCGGAACAGCAGGACACCCUGAAGACCGGCUCGUCCACCAACAACAACGACGAGGAGAAAUCCAGGCAGCUGGAGAGAGAGAACAGGGAGCUGCAAAAGAUCAUCCAGGAGAAAGAAGAGCGAGUAUCGGCACUCCGCAACCAGCUGGCUGAGCGACAGGCUCUACGCAAUCGCCGCCGACCCUCCACAGGCCAGAAUCAGAACCACAACGCCCCGCCGCCUUCAUCCCAGCCAGAUCCCAAGUCUCUGCUUCCCCCGCCGGGUUACCCAAACCCCACCACGGACAAUCACUCCCUCCCGCCUUCCUUCUCCAACUCCUCCAACCUCUACCCGGCCGACAGCAAGAUGAGCCGCAACCACUGUCACAACAGCCAGAUCCCACUGCUGUAUAAGUAGGCGUGGCACGGAUGGGGGAGGAAAAGGGAGGGGUAGGGAGUCGCACAACGCACACACAGGGGGGGACACGAAACACAAUGAGACACUGUGACUUUCACUUGUACCGGCGAUGAGCACAGCAGCAGUGUAGUGACACUGUUUUAAAAAAACGGCGUGGAAGCACAAA